GUUUAGAGCGCCAUGUUUCAAAGGGCCGAAUUUUCACAAUAUAUUUGCUUUAAAGUCGUUUUCAGACAUCUUCUAACUGUGUUUUAGUCAUGUAACGCCCGUACAACCACUCGAUGACGGUUAUUAAUCGUAACCAUGUCAUUUCACGUCAGCAUUGUUGUGAUGAGCUCGUGAAGGACUGUACUUGUACAAUGUUAAUGCUCGAGACACUUUAUUUAUGAUUAUUUAUUAUUUUAAGACUGUGGAUACUUUAGAAAGGCUUUAAAGGUCGGCAGGAUGUCCAUUGAUUUUGACAGUGCAGCUUUACAGACUCAGCAGGAGGAAGAGGAGUAUGAUCAGGAAGACUAUGCCAGAGAACAAGAGCUCCACAAGCUCCUGACUGAUCUCCCUGAUGAUAUGCUGGAGGACAGUCGUGAAUGCUCCUCACCUGAGCUCGACCGAUCCAACUGCAGUCACCAAGGAGAUGACAACAGACCACAGCAUGCUUGGAAUGUGCCUCAGUGGGAGCAUCCAAGAUCUUCCCAUGAGGAGCACUAUGAGGAAUAUGAUCAAGGCUCUUACCAUGAAGACUACAGCUAUAGGAGUCACACUUCACAGACCAACAGUCACCCUCAUCACCUCCAGACCGGGACUGAACAUUUACCCACAGGAUGGGACCCACAGAACGGCCAGAACUACCAGUACCAGAACAGAGACUAUGCCCACUCAUCUGCAGACAUGGAGGAGUCACAUGGCAGCAACUUCUCAGCUGGGGACCGGGUUGAAGAGGAGGGCUUUCCACAUAACGCUGUUCAUCAUGGGGCAGGUUACCAUGGAGCAGAGGUCCAGAACAAUGGGCAAAACUACGGAGAGCAAAACAACGUUAGAAACAACUUCCAGGUUUUUGAUAACGGAGGAGCUGCGAACAAACCUGCUGACCAUUAUAAGGCCACUUACCACCCACAUCAGCCUUCAAACCAACCAAAGAUGUUCAAUCCCCAAGCGGCCACUCAGAAUGGCCAUUUUGACCAGCUUCAGAGGGACUUUCUCAACUCAACACAAAAUACAGCAGAAGGUCAGCAGCUGGCUCAGCUUCAGAUAUUGAACAGAGCUCAGUCCAGACAGAUUGAGGAGCUGGAACAGAAACUAGAGGACUGCAGGAGAAGGAUGAGAUAUCUAGAGCACCAGUUUGCCAUCGUUAAAGAUGAGAAAGAUGGUCUGACUAUAUCGCUGAAAGAGUCCAGCGCUCUAGUGGAGGAGGCGAAAGAGAGAGAAUCUCAGCUGCAGGGAAAAAUCAGAUCUCUAGAGAAACAGAUUCAGAUUCUUACAGAGAGAGAAAAGGAGAUCGUAAAGCAGCAGUGUGUAGCCGAGGCAGCGAUGGACAGCAUGCAGCAGCAGAUGAAGGAGCUGUGUCGCUCGGAUACGCUGUCGCGAGCACGUGAGCAGCACGACAGAGACACGGCAGCCAUCAGGGAACAGUAUGAGGCCAGACUGCUCACCCUUCAGCAGAAACUAGAUGCUCAAUCACAGAGUCUAGACGAGGAGGCUCAGACGGGACAGCGGCUGCUGGAUCAGGUCAGACAGCUGGAGCGUCAGAGAGAGAAGGAUCAGGUGGACCGAGCCUCUGUCAUCAACAUGCUCACACAGCGCCUGGAGGAGAGCCAGCAGCAGUGUGCCAAACUGCUCCACACUGGCUCGGUACAAGAGAUGAAUCAGUUACAGAUGAAACUACAACAGGCUCAAUCUGCCCGCAGUAUCAGUGAAGACCUCAACAAAGCCCUGCAGGAGGAGUUGACUGAGCUGAAGGAGCAGAUAAAUCUGUAUGAGUCUGCUGUUAAACAUGGAGCCCUUUUAUUAGAGACAAAUGGAGACUGGGAGAACCAGUUCUCUGAGUCCUACAUGAACCUGGGAAUCAAGAAGUCCAAGUGGAGAAAUGGGCGAAUACACAGCACACCUCGUAUAGCAGAGGAAGGAGACUCCGGCCUGCCGAAGGAUGAUGUGGUCAGAGAGCUGAAAAUUGAGUUACAGCGCUGCCUGAGUUACUUGAAGACCAAGAGACUGAAGAUCUCUGAGCUGCAGGAGGAACUGCGGAGCUCCCAAUCUACUGUAGAGAAGCUACAGACAAAGCUAGAGCAGGCCGAGAAGACCACAAAGGACUCCAAGGUGAGGGAAAGCAGUUUGGAGAUACACCUGGAAUCAUCUCGCAUGAAUGCUGCUCCUCACAAAGAGCUUGUCAGACUGCAGGAGGAGCGGCAACUCCUGCAGAAGAGAGUGGAGACUCUGGAGAAGAGGAACCAGGAGUUGAAGCAGAGUGAGGAUAAGUUGAAAGCAGCUAAUUCUGAGCUCUGCACCAAGAUGAGAGAGAUGAUCCAAGAGCUGGACCAGGAGAAGCAGGAAGCAGCAGAGAGGUAUGAGAUGACUCAGCAGCAGUACAGAGAUGACGUGGUGAAUUGUAUGCGGGCAGAGCUCACACAAGAGCACACGACUCACAUAGAGCAACUCAACAGUGAGCAUCAGCAACACAUGCAAGAACUAAAGUCGAAACUCAUCGACCUUAGUCAGGAGGUGUUAGCUGUGCAGGAAUGCUACAUUUCUGUUUGCAAAGAGAAGGACAAGCUGGAAGAAAAUCUGCAGAACAAGCUUGAAGAAGAGAGAAGACUUAACAUACUGAAGAGCAGAGAGGAGAGUGAGGGUGCUCUGGAUAGACUGAGGUCUGAUCUAGAGCAUCAGCAUCAGGAGGGCGUGUCUCGGCUCAGAGCCCAGUGGAGGAAAGAGACACAGGCUGAGAUUGAGCUGCAGGUCAGAGAGCAACUGGACGUCGCCAGGCAGAGCUGGCAGCAAGAGCAGGAGAUGUUGGAGAAGGCCUGGGCUCAGAGGCUACAGGAAGCUGAGGAAGAAAUCAGGAAGGUCAGGCAGUCAGACACCUGUGAGGGAGCGUGUCAGACCAGCUGUCUAGAGACUGUGGGUCAGUUGGUUUCAGUGGAGGAGUUGGAGGCCAGACUCAGCACUCAGAGAGAAAACCUGCAACAGGAGGCUACAGCCACCCAGGCCAAAGCAGUGGAGGAGGCUGUGAGAUGUGCUCGGAGAGAUUUGCAGCAGAAACAUGCUGAUGACAUAGCACUCCAGGUUGAAGAUGCAAUAUCCCGGGCUCGCUCUCGGUGGCUCCAGGACUUGACCUCCCUCCCAGAAUACAAAAGCAACCUGCAAGUAGAAAAAGAUGAAUGGGAGAGGCUACAACAGCAACAUGUUCAAGAACAGGUGUCUUCAGCUGUGAAGGCAGCAGAAGACAGGUGGCAGGAAAUGCUUCACACUAAAUGCACCAAGCUGGAAGAGUGUAACAGGAGAAACGGUGAGCUUCAGGAGGAAGUGCGUUCCCUCAGCACUCUACUGGAGCGCUCAUGCCAGGAGCAGGCUGCCCUCAUCAAAGCAGAGCUGGCAGCAGCCCAAGACGUCUGGAUCAGGGACAAACAGGAGGAGAUAUCCAGUCUCAGGGCAGAGCUCCAGAGAGAGCACAAACUACAGGCUGUUCUGGAGCAGAACCUGCAGCAAAUUCUCAAACAGAAAGACACUGAACUGCAGAAGACGCUCAGAGAGAAGGAACAGGAGUGGAGGAGUCAGCAAAAGAUCAGACUGCAGGAGGAAAUGCAGCGGGGACAGGAGGAGGUGCUCGCUGAUCUAAAGGAGGUGCUGCAGGAGGUGCAAGAGGGAGUGGAGAGGAGAGGGAGUCAAGAGGGACAGAAGCCCAGCAAUGUGACUGGAACCCUCAGAUCCAAACUCUGGGAGAUCUGUAGAGAAUCACUUAUUCAAACAGUCAACCAAGCCAAGCAGGAGUGGAAGAAAGUGUGUGUCUGUCUGCUUAUUGAAAAAUGUAGUGAAAGCAGCGAAGACAAGCUGAGACGUGUUCUGAAGGAAACCCAGGAGCGCCAUGAGGCAGAGAUCACAGGUUUAAUGGCUCGGAGGAAGCAGGGUGAAUGCAGCAGCGCUGGAUGUGCCGAAUCUCUGGCGAAGCUGCAGAAAAAGAAUCAAGAGCUCCAGAAGCAUCUAGAAAAGGCCUGUCGUCAGCUUCAGAGAACCGUACGAGAACACAAAAGCACCCUGCUCAAGAUGAAAGGUGCCCAGCAGUCCAUGUUUAAUGACCACGAGGCCGCUUUGCAGAAAGAGCGCGAGAAUCAUCUCAGAGGCCUUGAGGAACUCAAACAAACUGCAAACACAGAAGCACUUUCAAGUGGUGCAGUCAGUCAGCAGAAUCUUCAAGCAGGUCUUGAGGAAAUGAAGGAGCAAUACAUGAAAGCAGUGGAGGAAAUCAAAGGUGAUAUGCUGCGGUAUCUGCAGGAGAGUAAAGAACGAGCAGCCGAGUUGAUCAGGGCAGAGGUCCUGAGGGAAAGACAGGACACAGCCAGACGGAUGCGCAGGUACUACCUCACCUGCCUGCAGGAGCUGCUGGAAGAUGGAUGCCAGACCACAGGUGCUGAGAAGAAAAUCAUUAAUGCUGCCAGUAAACUGGCUGCCAUGGCCAAAGUCCUGGAGACCCCUGUGUCCAAACGUAAGCUUUCAAGAACUCAGAACUCUCAAGGUGGAUCAGCAAAAUCAAACAUUGAAACUAACAAUUCUCCUGCUAAAGUUCUGGGUGCUGCCUCGCAUGAAGCCCACAAGGAUGGAAAGGACAAAAAGAUACAUCAGAUCUACAGCCUAACUGAGACUAACUUCCCAGCCAUGACUGCUAAACAGAAAGGUAUCAAACAAACAUCUAAAGGCAUUGAACUGGAGUCCCUCAAGUCUGGGAUGCCAUAUGGUCCUAAAGACACUGAGGUGGUUGGUAAGGUACCGCACAAUUCACAAAAGUGCACACAGGGUGGCUUUGCCACGUGUUCCAAAGUAGUUGAUGAUGGCAUUUUCAACAGUGAUGUCAAGACUCCUAAUGUCACUUUAAGAAAGCAGAGCAGAGAAAUGUUCAUGGAGGGGUUUGAGUGUGGAAGAACAGAUCAUUCCAUCAAGCCUUUCCUGAUAGAAGAAGAUCCCGUCCGGGACGAUGGGCAAAGUGACUGGAUUUUAACCAAUAACAGCUCCAUCUUCAUGAACAACAUUCACCUGACAUCCUCCUAUCCACAGCCUGGAAAGCCAUUCUCAAUGAACGGCCCUUCAUUGGGUGGUUUGGACUUUGGAAGCACAAUUGGCGAUAAUUCUGAAGUAACAGUUUACCAGGAGAUUGUUAAACCGCCGUCUAAACCCAAUGUGUGUGCAGACAGCAGAACAAGUAAAAACAGAGGACAAAUCCCUGGAUCAGAAGCAGAGAGUGUUCGUAAAAUGUGUCCAAAGAGCUUAUUUUCAGAAUUGAAAGUGUGUCAACGGGACAGUGGGUUAGACAGCCCAUUGGCACUGCUUCAGAAAUGAAAUGGAGACUCUUGUUUGUUUGUGUCCAUGUGUGUGCAUAUUGCUUGAAAAAAGUUUUUAUUUUUUAUUUGAGCCAAAAGUGUCUUUUGUACUUGUUCGUUUUUACCAGUUGCACUGUUAAUUCAUGAAUUGUUUCUAAUUUAAUAAAACCUC